AUGGCAGCCUUAGUAACACGCCUCAUCCUUAUCCUCUGGACGGCAGUGGAUGCCAACUCCACCUACAAGCGUCGCUCCUUGUGGUUUGGCUUCCUGUGCGUCGGCCUGGUGAUCCUCUCCCUGGCUGAGCUGCCCUUUACCAAACCGGAGGCUGACUUCACCUGCAUCUGCUCCAGAGUCUGUUUUAAAGACAAACCUAUGACGGCAGCCUGGAACUUUAUCCACGUGCUAGAGGUUAUCCUCUCCAUCCUGCUCACGGAGCUCUUCGCCUCCCACCUGCGCUCCCUGGCCCAGAAGAGGAGCUCUCAGGGGAAAGACCGAUGUGGAGGCUCAGGUUGUGUCCUCAGACAGUCAUAGAUCUCCACAGAGACAGAGGCGCAGCAGGCUUUUACCUACUCAGCAUUGUCUGCGUAUUCUGGUUGAAGCCUGGUUUUCAGUAUGUUCUGCUUUCUUGGAGCCGUCCCAGAACCGCCCCUGUUUAUGCUUUGGCUUCCAUCUAAGACUUAAUUAUUGUUUGUUCAGACUUAUUUUGUAUUUACUCCAUUGCUCACUACCUUUGCAACUUUUAAACAUGGACACUUGUUUAUUCACGCUUUUUUUCUGAUUUAGAAUAUAUGUGCUGUUGUGUGAUUACAUUUUCUGUUGCGUCGUGAAGUCUGGUGCAAACAAAUUACAUAUAUUAAACCACAAUUAUUACGGCUGUCAAAGUUAAUGCGAUAA